CUUUAAAGUCCACCGUUAAGUGUACAUCUCUUCCUUGAAAACACGGUCACCGCCAUCUUUGAUUGCAAAUAUUUUCGUUCUUCCCUUCGCACUGAAUUCUUGCGCACUCGUGCUGCAUGGCAACACUUCCGAUGGGCUAUUUAUUUACAUAUGAAUUUGAAAAUUAAUGGUAAAUACCAAUCACGGACACGGCUCGGAACUAUGACACUUGCACCCAUUAUUGUUGCUCAGUAUCAAUGCUUGUCUUUCACUGAACUUGUAUAACAUGUGGCAAUCCCGGCGCCCCUUUGACUUGUGUCACAUAGGCGUAUUGCACAUUCUACCGUCUCUGAAGUCUGCUGAUCGCCUUUCAAGGGCACGGCACUUGACACUUACAAAUAUAUCAUCCUUGGCGCUAGUAGUUACGACUAGCUGCGGAGCCGGGCUUCCUUUUCAAAGAGGGUCAUAAUGUCAGACUACCACCCACCAACCGACCUUGAAGAAGUUGUUAACUUGGAAGUCAAAGAGUGGCACUUCCAUAUCUACUUCCAUCAGCGCAACGCUGAUCAGCACCAGGCUGCAUUGGACUUGCGUGAUGCUGUCCUGCGUCUAAGGCGUGAUGGAGCGUUCGUCGCUGUGCCAUUAUUUCGUGUGAACACCGACCCUAUCGGUCCUCAUCCAGUCGGUUCAUACGAGAUCUGGGUCCCUUCAACCUCGUUUUCCUCUGUAUUUUCCUACCUUUGUAUGAACAGGGGUGAUCUAAGCAUACUCGUGCACCCGCUGACCCGUGAAGCGAGAAAAGACCAUCAACUCCGGAAUGCGUGGAUUGGCCCUCCAUUCCCUCUUGAUCUGUCUGCUCUCCCGGUGAAGACUGAAGAGUUACCCAUACAAUAUCCGAGUCUGAAGCUCGGCUACUCUGCACCAGAACCCGAGUUUACCCUUGAUCAGCGCCGCCGCAUCGGUGCCAACCUCGAGCGCAUCCUGAAGGGCGAGAAGGAAGCUGCCAAGGCUCCCAUGAAUUAACAAUUUGGGCCAUCCACACGAUUGGAGUCGUUAGUUCUACAUAUGACCUGUGGAGAUGUUUUAUGCAUAUUUAGCUAUGAUGUUUGUAUUCUGGUGUAACGGUUCGCAGAAGAAUGAACAUAAGUUGGAUUCGGUGACUAUUUUGCAUGACUCAUGGC